GAAGGACCUUUUGAAUCAAUUGUACGAUGUCGUUUACAAAAAUGGAAACAUUAUGCACAACCUGUGCACAAUUGAGGCCUUUUCACCGUGCACCGGCAAAUAAAGAGAAGCAAAACAUACGAGCUUAUGCGUUUGUGGGAUUUCAGUAAAACAAAUUCUCGUAUAUGCUGAGUUGCAUUUGAGAGGAGGCGCGGUAAACACAUCACACAAAACACAUCAACAGGGCUGUGUGAUAUCUAUGUUCACAGUAGACUCUUUUUUUUUUAAACAAAGCAAAAUAAAUGUAUUGCUGACACAAAACCUACGCUGGCUGGACCUUUAGAGACGCUCUACGGGUGGUAAUCGUAUGGGCCUGUGCCUAUAAGCUGCUAACAUGUGUUUAUGGCAUUUGAUUGAAUAGCAGUAGCUGGUAAGCCAAUUAGCAGUAAUAUGCACAAAAGCAGGAGAAAUGCGAUUGUUAAUAAGCGGUGACUCAGAAGUGCCAUUUAGCGCUUGCAAAAAUGUCAAUGAACAAAAUGAGCCAAAAACGAAAUAGAGAAAAAUACAAACCAUCCAUACUGUGUUUCAGCAAUCGAUGGUUUGGUGGAAUCAGAAGCGUCCCAGACCGAGCCUGAAAGUUUGCACAGUGACAAAUGGUAAACUAUAUUAUAAUGCAGCGUGGCAGGACUAAUUUGAGAGCAAAACAAGAACGAGAGCUUCACAUAGAGCAGGAACACGCAUAACUUUAUGAUUAGAUGGCAAAAGGCCAUAAACACACAAUUUAAGCCUUUCUCCGGAAGACUUUCUUGGCGCUUUGCCUAAAGAGCGCGGGGUCGUUUCAGGUCAGGCCUGGCGUGUUGUUGUAAAGGAAGUGCAGAGCAUUCGACUCGCUGUAUUUCACUUCCUUGUUUUUCACGUGCCGGAAUCACAUUUGAGAAAUCAGACAGUGAGAAGACGGCAAAGCGCUGGAAGCUUGAAGAGUACGUCCAGAAAAUAUUUGUAGGCUUUCAUGUAAAUCGGCAGACAUGUUUCAUGCAUCUAAAAUGCACAAGGAGUCGCCGUGCACGCUCGCUGGGGAUCAGUCUGAACAGGGCGACAUUGAAGAUUCUGCAUGAGGUUAGAUUGUGGCCGGACCGAAAUGAAAUGAGUGGCUAACGACCGACCUCUUCCGCUGCACCACCACCACCAGCAACCUGUAGCAUCUAACCAGUGCCUCUUCACCAGCCUGAUACACAAACGCACCCACAUACACACAAUUACCUAACAGAACACCAUCAGACUGUGACAUCAGGUGCAAGGGGAUGACCGAACGCAUUCACCACAUUAAUCUCCACAACUUUAGCAAUUCUGUACUUGAGACCCUCAAUGAGCAGCGAAACCGCGGGCACUUCUGUGACGUGACUGUUCGGAUCCACGGUAGCAUGCUGCGAGCUCACCGCUGUGUGCUGGCUGCAGGCAGCCCCUUCUUUCAGGACAAGCUGCUCCUGGGCUACAGUGACAUCGAGAUCCCCUCUGUGGUUUCUGUGCAGUCCGUCCAGAAACUGAUUGACUUCAUGUACAGCGGCGUGCUGCGGGUCUCCCAGUCCGAGGCCCUGCAGAUCCUCACGGCUGCCAGCAUACUUCAGAUCAAGACCGUCAUCGACGAGUGCACCCGCAUCGUUUCGCAGAAUGUCGGCAUCGGCGGAGCCGGCAGCUUUUCCGUCGUCCCGGGCGACUCGGGGCAGGAGACGCCGCGGGGAACCCCCGAGUCCGGCACGUCCGGUCCCAGCAGCGACGCCGAGUCGGGCUACAUGCAAACGUCUCACCAGAGCCUCGACCGCGUUUAUUCCUCGCUCUAUUCCAGCUGCUCGGGGCUGGGCCUGCAAAACGGCACCCGCGGAAACCGCUCGCACUACGCCGGCGCCGCCGUGACGGCCAGCUACGACUCGCCCCUUCCGCUCCAGCAGAAGGAGGGAGGGCAGGACCCCGCCUGGAUCACGCGCAUCCACGAGCGCUCGCAGCAGAUGGAGCGCUUCCUGGCCACGUCGGAGACCACGCACUGCCGCAAACAGCCCCGGCCCGUGAGGCUCCACACGGGUGACAUCCACAUCAAGCAGGAGCAGGGGGACGAGUACAACUGCUACGGGCUGGAGGACUGCCGCGAGGACGGCGAACAGCUGGAGUGCGUCGAGAGCGAGCCCAAAGGCGAGAGCUUCGACUCAGGCGUCAGCUCUUCCAUCGGCACGGAGACCGACUCCGUCGAGCAGCCUUUCCUGUCCGGGUUCGCCCGAGACAACUGUCCGAACAAGGGCCAGCAAGGCGAGCGGGGCACCCCCGUGCAGAUCGAGGUCAACGACUCCUCUCCCGAGCAGACCCAAGAGCCGGUCGAAGACGGCGCUAGAAACGGUCCUUCUCAAGAGAGCGGCGAGCUGGGGAUCCAUCAGCCGCCGCAAGCCAACCUAGCGACGCCCCAGUCGAUGCCCGGUGGGCCGUACCUGCGGCCAGGUGAGCCACUCACCAGCAACCUGCGCAUGCCCCUCACCCUGACCAGCAACUCCCAGGUAAUGGGAACCGCAGGCAACACGUACUUGCCUACACUCUUUGCAACCCAGUCAGCCAGCGACAACAAGCCUUUCCUCUUCAGUCUGCCCCAGUCCAUUGGGAGUCAGCAGCCCCAAUUUGUGGCAGUGCCCUCUCCCAGCAUGCCUCCGUUCCCCAGUGGACUGACGGUGCCACCGGGCGGAAGUCAACAGCAAGGCGGUGCUGCCGUGGGGCAGCACGGGGAGAAGAAGCCCUACGCUUGCACUCUUUGUUGUAAGACCUUUACUGCCAAACAGAACUACGUGAAACACAUGUUCGUGCACACAGGUGAAAAGCCGCACCAGUGCAGCAUCUGCUGGCGUUCGUUCUCGCUGAAGGAUUAUCUCAUCAAACACAUGGUUACACACACAGGCGUGCGAGCGUACCAGUGCAGCAUCUGCAACAAACGCUUCACCCAGAAGAGCUCGCUCAACGUCCACAUGCGCUUGCACCGUGGAGAGAAGUCCUACGAGUGCUACAUCUGCAAGAAAAAGUUCUCCCACAAGACCCUGCUGGAGCGCCACAUGGCCCUGCACAGCACCGAAACCGGGGUCUCCGGGGUCAGCGCGGCGGGGAGCGCCGGAGGCCCCGCGUCCAUCCCGGUUCCGAUGGCCGUCCCCGAGCCGGGAGCGGGCGUGGUGGCUCUCGCCAUGCCGGUGGGAGCGGGCGGAGCCGGGGGCGGAGUCGGAAGCACCGGAGUGGGCGUCGCCGCGGAAGCCAGCUGCCAGGAGGGGACCACCUACAUGUGCUCCGUGUGCCCUGUCAAGUUUGACCAAAUCGAGCACUUCAAUGACCACAUGCGCAAGCAUGUCUCCGACGGAUAAGUACAAAUGAAAAAAAACUUGCGUAAACAUGAAAAAGAAUGAAAUGAUAAAGAAAACGGCACUAGAUUUUUUUUUCUUAUAUUGGGGCAUGAAGAGUAAUGAGUAUAGACACUGGCACAUUAAGUUUUCUAGGAAAAAAAAAAAAAGAAGCGUUUAAUUUCUUUUCUUUUUUUUUUUUUUUUUUCUUUUUUUUUUGUCCUUGCUAUUCUUAAAGAAUAAAAAAAGAUGGUGGCCUUAAGGCUGUGUAGUUGGAUAAUGAUCCACUGGCUGGAUCCAUACUACUGGCCUCUAAAUGUAUGCUUUCCUUAAAUACUGAUUUAUGUGUUGAACACUACCGAAAGGCCUGCGAAAGAACACACAAGAAAAAAAAAUUCACAUGCGCACACACGCACUCAGACAUACACGCAAACACAAAUACACAUACCCAUGCAUGCACUCACACGCACAAACUACUUAUACACACUUCUAUACGGUAGAGGUAUUUUGUACGUAUGUGUAUUUGUGCAUGUGAGCGUGUGUGUGCACAAAAAUAAGCAUUGCAGUGAAUUUUUUUAAACUUGUAGAUCUUUUCCCAUGUAGACCGUAUUGGACACUAUAAGCGUCCAAGCUUACUGUGGUAUAGAUUUAAACAAAAAAACAAAAAAAAAACUGAAAGGAAAAAAAAAAAGAUUUGGCUCUAGAUUCACUCUAAAAUAACAAUGGUCACAUGUUUGCCUUUUUACGUGCGAUAAGAAUAGGAGAGUUGUUCAAUUUGACACUGGGUUUUUAUUUAUUAUUAUGACAUUGAGGGAUUAUGAUGUUGAUGAUGUUGUCAAGGUACAAGCCAGUUUUACUAACUGUACUAAAAUGGGAAUUUUUGAGUGGCUUGAUGAAUGAAUGAUUAUUAUGACAUUUUCCUUUUCUCCCGCCACACUUUUUUUGUUUGUUUUUUUAUGGUUCAGGUCAAGUUUACAAAAAAAAAGAGAGAGUUUAUCAAUGACAGUAUUCGAGCAAAAACUUUGAAUGGCGUUAAUAAUUUCCAAUUCGUUUCGCAUACACUGCCACUAAGAAGACGACUGUUAGUUGACCUCUUCCGCUUCAAAACGACAAAAUGUGAUAUAUAUAUAUAAAGUUUCGGGCAACUGAUUUGUUCUAUUCAUUUGCUCCAUGGUUCUGUUUUUUUUUUUUUUUUUUGGUUUUAUUUUCGAAAAAAAAGGAAAAAGGAAAAUGGCAGAUUUCAGUAUGCAAACAGGCCCAAAAUCCAAGCUAAUUGCUGCUCCUCACGUGCUCACUUUGAGACUGUUAUCAGCUGUAGAAUCCAACGUUACGUGGAUGUUUCUCUAAUUAUUCUAUUUCUCAGUGAACAUGGGAAACGUUAAGCUAUUUGGAGCCACGGGCUAGAUUAGAUCAAAAGUGAACUGGACGGAAAUAACCUCCUAAAAAAAAAAAAAAAUGAUGUAUUUCCUGUUAGCGGCGACUACUAUGACUCAGUUGUUUGGGCCGGUGGGGUGACUAAAAUGCACUACUCCUGUUCCUAAAGCCCCACCUAGUGGCUCAAACAGCCGUCCUUGUUUUCUGCCUGAUGGGAUAUACAGGCGGGGCGAGAGAUAUAGGGACACAAGGCAACAGAUAAAAAAAAAAAAAAAAAAAGGACACAUCUACUGAACCACAAUAAACCCAACACGGUCAUUCUUCUUUAAUAUACCACAGGGAGAACACUCUCCGAACAAUAAGAAACAUUCCCAGUUUUACCGCUAUAUAUAUCUAUAUCUAUAUAUCUAGACAUUGUGUGUGUAUUUCGGAAGUGAGUUGAGAAGGUUGUAUUUUCGGUGUUACGUCACUCAGAAGCUCUGUGUUCAUAUUUGGCUUUGUUCUACACGUGUUUUACGGAUAUAAGAAGACUCGUCUGCCGUGCAACUGCAAUCUGGCAAUUUUUUGCUCACUUCUCCGAGUAGAUACACGCCUUGGAAGUGUAGUUCAAGUGAUGACAAAAUCGCAAUUUAUUUGGACUUUUUCCAUUUUGGAAUUUGCUCGCGUAAGUUGUAGGUUUGAAAACAACAACAACAACAAAAAAAAACAACAGUGCUACUUUGCACAUUUACUUCAAAAUCCUGUGCUUAAACAUUGAAUUGUUUUACUUAAGAAAUAAAAUUCUAUGAUUUUCUUUUCUUGUUUUUCAUUGUUUAUAAAGGAAAUAUCUUUUCUUAAAAGCUUGAUAAGAGGACUGCAUUGUUUUCUUGCGUAUAUGUUGCACUGCUUAAACCAAUAAGUGCACUACUGUUACCAGAGAUGUUCUAGUUUUUAGAGAAAAUCAUUUUUUUUAUCAAAUAUUUGGUUCUAUAGUUCACUUGUGUUUGAGUAGCUUUGUUCCUUUUUGAUUAGAUGAUUCAAUUUUUUUCUCGGCUUUGUUAUCAUUACUUGCUAUUGUAUUUACUUUGUGCUGUUUAUGCAAGCGUUUUUGUUUCUCUUCUCCUUAUUUAUAUUUAAACCGCCGUGAGCUUUUUCCCCGGUCAGAUCCUAAUGAUAAUAAUCGCUUACACCACUUCCAUCCCCGUCCCCAUCCCACAGCGCAGUUAAUUCAUCGAAGCAAAUGCUCGGUUUUCUUCUCAUUCAUACCAAACGAAAAAGAAAAAAAAGCAAAACAAACCAACAAAAAAAAAAACAUCAAAACCACAAAACCACAAAAAAAAAAAGACUUGUAGUGUGUGCCUAAAUAUACGAUAAAUGUCUUUUAGAACAAGUACGUUUCUACGAGAGGGUCGUCGUGCAAAGCUUUUUAGUGCUGUCUAGGGAUCGAGCACAUUUCCGUACGUGCGUGUGCGUGUGUGUGUGAGUGUGCGUGUGCGUAUAUUCCUCUGGUAUGUCUCUAUGUGUGUGCUGUACAAUUUGUGAUGCCUGAACUGUAGGGCUUCCUUUGCAAUAUGCAGUACAGGUACGGCAACAGCGACAACGUGUUAUUUUACAUACUUAGGAGUGCAUUUGGUAACUUUCUCGAGAACAAUCGUGACUAUAUUCCCUACAAUAAACGACACCGGGAACGACGCGAUCUGGCCUAACCCCGUACGAGUACUCUCCAGCGCUUUCAGACCAAACGCUUUUCGACUCAGUUACGCUGCAAAGUUUGGCCACAGGCUGAGGUGUUGCCUUAGACUAGCGUCCGUGUUUGUCGGCCAUUUCCGGCCUCGAUCUCGUUUCAGUUCGGCUUCGGACGGCCGUGUUGCGGAAGAACGUUCUGUCGCUUCGGGAUCGUUGGUGUUUGUGGCGGCACAACCGAAAGAGUCCCGUCUCAUCCGUUUACAGCAUAUGAAUCGCCGUGGCCGGAGUGGAUGUAGUGCAUCGUAGAUAAUCAAGUUUAUUUUUGAAUCAGAAAUGUCACGUUUCCAAUUCAGUAACCGUCCGUGUGAAUUUCAACACGUGCGCGUGGGUCGGGCCAGCCGAAACGUGAACACUUCUACGCUUUAAAGCACUUAACGAGCGCUGCCAGAGAGCAGAUAAAUCGAUAUCACUUCCAAAUAGUUUGCUAGAUGAGGUGUAUUGUUCAAAUGGCAUCAGUUUGUACAUCGGCCAUCAGCUGUGUCUUUACAGAUAGCCUUAAUCGUGUUUGACUCAAGCGACCAAAUGCACUAUUUGCUUGUGAAGGUGCUGUUGCAAUUUCUUUUACACAAGAGAUAAACUAUAUUUCAGAGAAGGGCAGAGAAAGCAACCUUGCAAUACAGUAUCGGAUAAUUGUCUAGCGACGGUUAUGAAGGACGUAUGGCGACAUGCAAACACCGCUGACUUCUCUUCUCAUUUCGGUAUGGAUUCGCUCAGCAGCGUCACCGGUCCUAGCGUCAGGCUUCAGCUCGUGUCCAAGUUUUAUCGUCCGAUAUUACUGUUUCUCUGUGUUUGUUCAUAUGUAAAAAGGAAAAACAACAACAGCAACAGCAACAACAAAAAAAAAAAAAAAGAAAAGAAAAGGAAAAAAGGCGUUUUAUUUCACAGAGACUUUGUUUAGCCAAAAUUGUGUAGUUUGUAAAAGUGUAAAAAAUCUGCACGAAGAUGUUUAGACACGAUUCAGAUGCUUAAAUGUCAUAGUCCGUCGCAUCUCGACUGGACGCCGUUCUCGUGGGUUCUAAAAAGCACUAUGACGAUCACUUCUAUGGGUAGUUCAGAUAGACUUUUUACAUUACUUACAGUAUAUAUUUACAGUUCAUAAAUGUAGAGUUAGCUUUUAUUUUUGUUCUCUGCUUAAAAUUGUAAUUUUACAAAUACAUAUUCAUUUUUUUCUUCAGUGUACAGAAUAGAUACAGCAUUCUCUUUGCUACUACAGUAAGUUUUCGCUGUAGGACUACCACCUUCUUUUCUCCUUGUUUUUUUUUUUUUUUUUUAACAAAGGUACUUUUUUUCUCUCUCUCUCUCUCUCUCUAUUUAUAAAGAAUAUCUAUUCCUAGAGUAUAGGCUUGUGGGCACAGAAAAGACCUUGGGAAACAUCACCAAUACUUCAGUAGGAGCGGAAGAGGUUUCAGCUGAGUGAUCGGUUGCGUUGUACGCUCAGAGACUACGCUUUUUUCGUAACUUACAAACUAUAUCGCGCAUCCCGUAACAGCGGUUCGAGAAAACCCCAGUGAAACACCGAUUCAGUCAGGCCAUUUUGCCCAUCUCCAUAUUGAAACAGUCAGACUCGAUCUCGCUGCGGUGAAGGCUUUCAUCUCGCAGUCAUUUUCUUCUCGGAACAAACAAAGACUUAAGCUUCUCUCUACACAAUGGUCGAACUAAUUCAAAACAAGCUAGAGUAUCCAUGUCUUCAUCAGCAUCUACAACAGAUAGUACUGUAACCAAAACAACACCUAACACUGUACAUGUGGAGUUUUACGAUGCCUCUCCUUUGUAGAAGAAAAAAAAAAUGAUGAAGUGCCUCUUUUUACAGAUCCAAGCUUGAUAAAGCUCACAAUAAUACUGUUAUUUUUAUUCUGUAAUAAUAAUAAUACUUCACAAAACAGUAAAAACAAAACAAUAUUCACUGCCUAAAACGAAAAACACACACACACACACACACACACAGUUGUCAACUGUCGACAGAUCCCUCUGUGAGGCAAGUGUGAGGACUACCAGCAAUAAUAAUUACAAACUAGAUCUGACAUGUCACAAAAAGACUUCUUUUAAGGACCACUAAUAAGUAAGGGUGUUUUAUUGUGUUUUAACCCCUGAAAUCACCAAAAUGAAGCUUAUUUUAUACUACAAUAUACAGUGUUAUAUUGUGUCCAAAGUGCCCCGUUACAAUUAUUCAUAAUAAUAAUUUAAAAAAAAAUAGUAAUUGUUUGCGUAUGUUUUCAUUUCUUUUCAUAUUUUUCAAACCUGCCUUUAGAAUUUUAUACGUCGCAUAUUUUAAAUGCCCUCUUGGAAAUGUCUGCAUUUUCAGUAUGCAUUUUAUUGGACAUUUACGUAUGUGAGCGAAACUUUAAAAAAAAAAACCUAACAAACAAAAAAAAAAAAAAACAAAACAAAAAAAACAUUGUUCUUCCUAUUCUAUUUCCUCUUCUUCCUCUCUUCUUCUCGUCUCGGUUCUUUCCUAUAGAUGCUGAAUUUGCUUGAGACGACGUCCUUCCUUUCAAGGACGCCGAUGCUGUACGCUUUUGAGCAGUUGUUGUAAUACAUAAUCGACAUGAUAUUGUGUGCACCGUAAUCGAUAUUGCGACGGUUUGUGUGAAAAGAGGUCAUUGUUGUUCUGUGAUAAGAUUUGCGAUUUUGCAGACUACUCUGUAAACUAGAGUAUAGAGAUGCGGUUUUUUGAGGAAUAUAACAGAGAAAAUGAAUACCGUUUUAAUCUUUGUAGUCAGUAGACAACCAUAUCAUACGUUCAAUACCAAAUUUAUUUAAUCUUAUUUUUUGUUUCGUUUUUUCCGCCAGAGGUUAGCUAUGUAAGCAUGCUUGUGAUUACACACUUUUUCUAACACUUCUCUUUCUGCGUUACAGCAGCUCUGAAUAGUAUUCACUAUUGAUUAUAUGAUAUUCUUCUGCUUGUAUCAUAGGCUCAAAUCCAAAGACAAAGCAUUUACUCUAUUUAUGACUACAGAGUUUGUUCGUUCGUUCGUUUGUUUUCAGAAACAAUAGAAAAGUAUACAUAUAUUUACAGGACAAAGUACAAUACAGAUUUUAACAGGAGAAGCAAGCAAACAUAAAAUAUCUUUAGAUGAAUCAUAUAUAUAUAUAUAUAUAUAUAUAUAUAUAUAUGUUUGUGUGUGUGUGUGUGUGUAUAUAUAUAUGAUGUUUCAGAUACAGAGACUGCAGUUUCUUUACUAAUCACACGAGGCGCGCUUGUAAUAACGAUGCUGACUACGCAGUUUUAAAACGUGACGUGCAUGGUUCCCACUUUUUACCCGAAAGCGCAGGUGUGCAAGCGUGCUCGUGUCAUUUGCAUGUGGAGGAUCUCUUUUUCUCGGCCUCUGAAACCUGGACGCUCGUCUCCCGAAUUGAGCCUGGUUGGGAUUUGGAUUAAGGAAGCGGAUAGUUUGCAUGCAUUUAGGGACACCCACACCCGCUGGCAAAAGCACUCGGCGGAUUGCAUUUAAGGGCCGGCGAGCGAGAGGCCGACAGAUGCCGGUGCUUGUGCUGUGACGCCAUUUUUUCUUAUCUGUGAGCUACAUGAUUUGUGCUUUCUCUAUCUUCCACAACCACUGUGUACUGCAUCAAUCUGUCCUGUUAAAAUUGCCUGUCUGUCAAGUUUGAUACAUGACACCUCAGUUCUCCAGUAACAGUGUGUUUUUGUAUAAUUAAUCAAACAAUUAAUCAACUAAACAGUCGAUAUAUGUGACAGAUUUUGUUCUGCCACUACGGUUCCAGAGUCGUAAUGAAGAAUUCCUAAACCGAUACAUUUUUCUUGUGGAAAAUAACCUGAUGUCACAUUUUUCUAGACUUCCACCACAUGUUUUCAGAUCCUUUUCGGUCCAUAACAUGAAAUGCAAAGAGAUGAAAUGUCAAAUUCUGUGGGUGUUAUCCAGCAUUUGAAGGCUGUUUCCCCAAGUUAAAAUGGCAAGUUUGCCACCUCGAAUUUUUAUUGGAGGAAAUUAGUUUCAGUUUAAAAGACAUUCUAAAUUCCGUUCUGAACUGUUACUGGUGAUCUGCUUUAUGGUUUCAUCUUUCAGACCGUGUUUGUGGAAGGUAACACAAACGUGUGGGUCGUUUGCUACAGUGAUGUUCAGAAACAGGAGAGGAGAGAAUUUAACCCGACGUGCUGUUUUAUUGAGAUUUAGGCAUCUUUCCAUUCGAACCAGUCCUACCAUAUAGAAACCGUUAUGUUUGGUAGAAACGUCUUGCAGCUACGUUUUCGAAUGUGAUUUACACAUCAUUGUGCAUCUAUAUACAAGUACCAUUUCUAGGCGUAUUUACAUGUAUUGCUUUGGCAGAUGCCUUUUGAUAUACAUUCAGUAGUUAGUUUAGCAUAACAAACAGAUAGGUAGAGCUAGAUAAUCUAAGUACCUCUUUAAUAACAAUAUCUCUUAAAAUGACCUGUUUGACAAAAUCUUUCGUACUUUACGUAGUUCGCCAUUAAACAAAACAGGAUUUCAGUCCAGCAGAAGAGCAGAUCUGUCCAUUCCAAAGGUUACUACUUUGAUUUAGUGCUUAUUUGUUUUUAGUUCAAUCAGACUGACCCCAAAUCGCAGUGGAUGUCCCCAUAUUUAUUCAACGCACAAGAAAAGACUUCUUACUAACUGCUUAGAAACUGCUCGUUCGGUAAGCACUCGUUUCUAAACAAUCUAAUACCGUUCUUGUCUGUAAUUUUGAACUGAAUUUAAUAUCGAUUUGAGGAAACAUCAUACAUAUAAACACUCCUCUAAAAUGCGUUUUCUAUAACCAAGCAUUUUACUGCUUAGAAAUGUAAACGUGACGACAAAAUGUGCGUAACGUAAGGAAAAAGAUGCCACGUUUAUAGAUCUCUCACCGCUGAAAUUUGAACAUUUUUCAGAAUUGAAUGUGGAAAUGCUGCGAUUGAGCUCCUCCUUUGGACACAGACGUUUGGGGCCACGCAAUUCAGUAUGUCUACAACAAAAAAUUUGCAUUUAAAAAAGGCUUUGGAAAACGUAGCAUCAUAUCGUAAUAAUUUUGGCUUUUUUACUCUAUCCUUUAACGUUCUAACCUUUGUUUUAACCAUUCUUGUCGUACCAAAUGUGCUAUUGCUUGAGCAACACAAAGCAAACCAAUUGAAUAGUCCAAAGCUCCUAAAGUAAUCUGAACGUAAUUCAUUAAAUUAAGAUUUUUUUUUACGUUUUUCAGAAAAGAAGAGUUUAUGUUCACACCAAAGAAUUACGUCAAUGUCAAAAGAAACACGAUGCGUAAAACAUCCUGAAAUUUGAAUUGAUGUGCAAAAGAAAAAAACACUUGUUUUUUGAUUCCACAGCGACUCCUUUAAUCAGUUUUUGAUUUGUAAAAGUUCAUUCUUUGGUCAAUAUUAUUUGCUUCAGUAACGUCAAACAUGAAACCAAUUGCACUGAUGCAAGAUAAACGGAUGUUCUGUUUUUCCUCAUAGUUUUUUCUUCCUUCAUUAUUUCAGCUGCUCUGCUUCUGCAGUGAAUGUCAAGAUACACAUGUUAUUCGUCAGCAUGGACCAAGCGUUUUAUUUCUCGUGUUUGCACGUAACCAUUUAAUCUACCAAAAGUUGACAUUAUAGAACAGCUCUCCAACAGUGAUUUUUCCAAUAUCAAAUUAAAUAGGAAAAUAAAAUGGGUUCUUUUUGAGAUACAUGAGAGAUUAGUACCACCGUUUUAUCUUUAAGGACCAAAUUCCCAUUUUUCUUUGUAACAUGUUGUGAUAUCAUAUAAUCAUUGUAAAAAAAAAAAAAAAAAAAAAAAAAAAGUCAAAGUGUCAUGUGAAUAUUUGGACGGAAACACUCAUAUCAUAGUGGAAUUUUACCCCUUGACAAAUAGACAAUGUAGAAAAAUGCCAUGGGAUACUUUACUAGCUUAUUUCCACUGAUGUGUUUAGCUUUGUUGGUUUAGAUACACAUUAGGAAGACUUUAUCCCUCUUUCUGUGCUAUGUUUUGUGCUAUAAAAACAUUUAGGUGUCCUAGCUAAAAUCAGUUUUCAAAAAGAUUUGGUAUUUUUCACUAUUUAAAGCCAUAUCUUACGCCUUGUUUUAUUCUUGCACUAGCACAUAAUUUAUUUUCACAAAUUUCAUUAUCUUUUUUUUUUUUUUCAUAUUGAAGCAUUCAAACUGAGCGAAUGUGGAGCUGUUGUAGUAAAGGUAUUAAACAUCCUACAGUAUUCAAACAACCUUAAAAUGAAAAUCUGCAGUUAGUUAGUUUGUCCAGUUUCUAUAAUCGUUGUGAAAAAGUCUGUUUGCUUUAGAAAACCUGCUGUUUAGAGAUAUAGAAUAAGGUUUUUUAGUGUGUGUACAAGGCCAUUUUAUUUUAUUUUUCUAUGUCAAACACUGGACUAGAGUAAUUUUUGAAAAUUUGUGAGACAUUUUGAAAUGAUUUGAGACGUCAGUCAAGCCAAGUCAAAUUGUAAUUUGAUUUGUAUAGGGCUUUCAUGAACACAAAGCAGCUCAGCACACAGAUUUGUUUCCGACCAGCGCUUUCAGUUUUGUUCAGCUACGCAGGGUUGUCUACACUCAACUGUCUCUAAAAUGAAAUUGACCCAAAUGUUUGUAGGGAAAACACUAGUUUUUAAUCGCCCUAAUUGUGUUUUUUUUUUUUUUUUUCCAAUCCACAAAAUCGAGGAAAACGUAAGAAUCGUACCCCUCGGCAAAGCGAUCGCGUGCUAAAAUGUCAAAAGCAAACCACUCGAGCGAAUACAACGGCCGAGAGAAACCACUAGGCGUAAACCACAGUUGAUCCCUGUAGCAAUCCUCAUCGACCUAAACCCAAAUACCACUUAUCAAACCAGAAAAGAAUUUUGCACUAAAGUUAUUCUUGGUCUUCUUUGAUAAAUAGCAAUAGAACACUUAACAUAAACACCAACCAACCACGUAUAACAACGAAAGCUUUCUGUGCUUUUCAAAGAUGCUGUUUUGUUCGUUUACACAGAUUCAACAUUGGAGAUGCGUGGCGAUGCCGAGGCUGUAAAGUCGGAUGCUGAAAAGACAUAUAUAUAUGAUGUCCGAGUUUUAGGUACAUUAAAUGAUAUGCUUCCUGUUUCCUCUUGCGAUUGUCCUGAACAACUCUUACGAGCUCUGAGGAAAAGACGAAGGCUGUCCCAGAAACAGUGGUGUUUCUACACUAACGAAACGGGGGAACGUUCACACGGGCCGACUUGCUCGACUCUCGGGAGAGUCAGAGACCUUCAGUGGAGUGCAAACAUACGCUUAUCGCUUGUCGUCGUUGCCGAUCUCUGUCAGUACUGCCGUGUUUCUGGGACUCCAAUGGGGACGUUUUGUCGUCCAUCAAACGCGGCGGGUCGGUUUCAGGCUACGAACAGAAACGGUCCGUCGGUAUCCGUAGAAAGCGCGAUCGAAACCGGACGGUCGAAAGUUUCCUAUGCCUACGAUCAGUAAUAACUUCUAGCAAUUCUACGUAGUGAUGGUUUUUGGUUUCUGGAAAUAGUGGCUUUCCUGUUAAAACUGCUUCGUGGUGUUGUCGAAAGGUGUUGCGGUUUGUCUCAAUAUGUUGCGUGUUAGAGGAAGCAUAAGUAUGUGCCUUCAUGUAAUCUUCUUGGUGAGCUUGUUUUUAUUAAGAAGCUGAAGCCAGCCAGUUGUGUUUGCACUAAAACCAAAUUGCUUUUGUGAUGUUGGUUCUUUGAGCAAGCUUGUUGCGUCACUUUAGCAGUAUGCAUGAGGGUGAGCCUUGGUGAGUUCUAGGGAUAGAGCUUGUGUCUUUUAACUUCUAAACUAGUGCAGCUUAGGAAAUCCCCGGAGUAAUAUCUCUGCUUCGUUCUGUUUCGUUUCGAUCAAAUCAUCCAACCACGUCAUCGUGUCUUGCAGUGGCAUAUUCCGUGCUGAAAAAGAGACACGGCGAACGCGCAUACAAACAAAUAUGAUACCGCGUACCAUACGAUAUUAGAGUAUUUAACGUGUCUGUGGAAAAGACUGUCACACAUUUCUCUGAAUCAGUGGGAGUGCAUGAGUUCAUGAGGUCGCCUCAAGACUAUUGGUCAUGUUGUUAUCGGUUCUUUCGUGCUUAUUUUUUUAAAACUAAGUAAGUUUGUGUUGCAUUUGUAAUUUAUUUCUGUUUUGUUUCUCAAAACCUAAAAAAGGCCUACAUGCUUUUCAGUCUUACAAAUGCACCUUAUUCUCACCUGUCUGCAACAGACGGGCCUUGUAAUAUCUCUAAUUUAGCACCUUACUACACAGCAUGAUUUCACUUUAUGCCAGUUUUGCUAUACUUCCAUGCAUAUGAUUUGAAAGAAAAAAAAUAAAACCUUAUAUAUUUUGUGAAAAUAUUUAAAGGGAUGUGCCAAAGUUUGGAGGCGAUCUCCCUUGUUUGUAUGUUUAUUAUGACUUUUUUUUUCCUUUUCCUUCUGCUUCAGUUAUUUCAGUGGUAUCUCAUGUAACCUUUCUUACAAAUGUGUUUAGAAAAAAAAAAAAUAUUUCAGCAAA